CAGACCAUGACGUUGAGACAAAACUGAUAGCCUUAGGCUCAGGUGAACUCACCAGAGAGUAAGGAGAAAGAGAGGAGCCCGUGAAAAUUAUAAAAGAGUGAUCAAGUCCCGGCGAAGGGGCAGUUGCUUACAAGUUUGCCGCAAAGCAACAGCGUUUGGGAUAUUACCAGCUCAAUUUGGUUAUUAAUUAAUUUAUUAAUUAACUAACAAUGGGUUUCGGAGAAGGAAUAAAAUGGGUUACGGAACCUGACAACUAUGUCUGCAAAUUGUCAAAAGAAACCCAAGAAGUUGCUAAAGAAGAACUUAGAGAAGAUGAAUCGAGACGUAAUACUGCGCUUGAGCAAAUGCGUGAUUAUAUUAUGAGAAAUGAACGGAUUGAAAAUUGUCGACUUGAUGCCGCAUUUCUUCUGAGAUUUUUGCGGGUCAAAAAAUUCAGCGUACCCAUGUCCCAGGAAGCUAUCGAAAGAUAUUUACUACUCAGACAAGUUUAUCAUCCAGCUUUUAAUAACUUGGACAUAAGUGAGCCCAAUAUGGACGAACUGUUGUCACUUGGAUAUAUUUUUGCCGCGCCCGGUCGCGAUGCCAAUGGGCGACGACUUAUUAUUACCAGGCCCGGUGUUUUUGAUCCGUACAAAUUUACUAACGUCGACAUGUGUAAGAUGCAUGGAAUCGCUUACGAAACGCUGAUGGAAGAUGAAGAAAAUCAAGUCCGUGGGUUUGUUCACUUCGCCGAUGGUGCAGGAGUUGGGUUUCCUCAUAUAACUUUAUUCACACCACGUGAAGCUGUCCGCAUUGUGAAGAACGGGGAGCGCACGAUUCCAAUGAGGCACAAAGUUGUGAUUGCGAUAAAUGUACCGAAAAAAUUACAAUACGUUUUGGAUUUCGGCAUGUCAUUGGUGUCUGAUAAAAUUAGAAAGCGUGUUACUUUAUAUGAAAAUUUGGAGGAGGCUAUUGCGAAGGGAAUGGACACUAGUAUGUUGCCGAAAGAGUACGGAGGUAAAAUGCCCAUGAAGGAGAUGAUUGAUUUGUGGCGAAAGGAAGUUUUGGACACACGACCAAAUCUUAUGAAAAAUGACAAAAUGAAAGUACGCAUUAAUAUGUACUCGGAAAAGGCCCGCGAAGGCGCGAUUUCGGCACUGAAACAAGGAUUUGGCUGCGGAGAUCAAAGUUCCGGAGACUCAACGAUACACGGACUCAGCGGAUCAUUCAGAAAAUUGGAAGUCGAUUGAUUUUCAUCUUAAAUUAAUUACUUUUAAGUUAUUACUCAUUAGUUAUAAAUAUUUUUUAAUUUUUUGAAGAUUUUUAGAAAAAUU